CCCCAGGACAUUUGACAUGCAUUCACUGGAGACCUCCCUCAUUGACAUCAUGAGAGCCGAAAGCGAUUCCAUUAAAGGUCGUGUAAACUAUUCAUAUCCAGGAUCCGAUAGUUCUCUGCUUAUUAAUGGUCAGUCCUCGCUGUUUCCCAUGGAGGAUGGGUUCCUGGACGAUGGCCGCGGGGACCAGCCCCUGCCCAGCGGCCUGGGCUCGCCGCACUGCUUCCCCCACCAGAACGGGGAGCGGGUGGAGCGCUACUCCCGCAAGGUGUUCGUGGGCGGGCUGCCCCCGGACAUCGACGAAGAUGAGAUCACCGCUAGCUUCCGUCGCUUUGGCCCUUUGAUUGUGGAUUGGCCUCAUAAAGCUGAGAGCAAAUCCUACUUUCCUCCUAAAGGACCCCCUGUCCCCGAGUGCACGGCUCCAGGGAUGGUGGAAGUGAAGCCAUACGUGCUGGAUGACCAGCUCUGUGACGAAUGCCAGGGGGCCCGUUGUGGGGGGAAGUUCGCCCCCUUUUUCUGUGCUAACGUUACCUGUCUGCAGUAUUACUGUGAAUAUUGCUGGGCGGCCAUCCAUUCUCGCGCCGGCAGGGAGUUCCACAAGCCUCUGGUGAAGGAGGGCGGGGACCGGCCCCGGCACAUUUCAUUCCGCUGGAACUAACGCGGUGCCUGACUGAGCCCGUCACGCUGGCUGGUGUCCGGUUAAGUACACUCUCCCGCCCCCUCCUGACUCCUUCCUCUCCCCCCCCCUCCUCCCAGCCUCUCCACACUGGCAUGUUUUCGUAGCAGUGUGUAACCUAACGAUAGUAUAAUGAAAAAGAAUGGCCUAUAUAAUGUAGGUGUUUCGUAGAUUCCUGUACGGCUAGUCUGUAGGAGCUCUUUUUUUUUUCUUUCUUUCUUUUUUUUUCCUUUUUGCUUUGCAUCAUGGUUGGUGUCUGAAGUUCCCAUUCUCUUGGUUUCCCCCCCAGGACCAAGCGAAUCCAAACUUCCCUGCAGCGUUUUUCUUAGAGGAGAAAGAGAAACUUAUUUAACAGAGAAAUGAAACAAUAGAGUAUUUUGGGUUUUUUACCUUAAAUGAUUGUGAAUAAUAGAACAUAUACGAAUACUUUUAUUAAAAAAAUAACCAUGCAACAGUAA